AUGCAAAACAUGGGAUCAACAACAGCUCUUUUGGCGGCUGCACUGCUUCUGGGGAGUGCAUCGGCCCUUACGACAUCGACCACCACCACCACGAUCACAUCGUGUAUCGCGGGCCUCGCAUGUGGCCAAACUACUCUUGUCCAGGUCCCGACCUCUACCUCCACCGUCACUGUCACAAGCUGCACAGCGGGUGCGCAAUGCAGCGUGUCUUCAACAGCUCCUGCGGGGACCAAAGCCAGCACGACCCUAAGCAUGACCGGAAAUGGGAAACAAUCGCAGACCUCUUCCAAGCCGGUGCAGUACGCGACCACCACUCCGUCCGCUGUGGCAUGGAGUGACUGGGACACAACCACGACCACAACUGUGGCCCCUGCAGGUACCUCUACUGUUACCUGGGGUGACUGGGACCCCACGUCAACGACGUCGACUACCUCGGCCACAUGGGCAGAUUGGGAUCCUAAGUCGACCACCACGACCACAACGAGCGUCACUUGGGCUGACUGGGACCCCAAGUCAACCACCACCACCUCCACGAGCGUCACUUGGGCUGACUGGGAUCCUAAGCCAACGACCUCGACCACCACCUCCGUCACUUGGGCUGAUUGGGAUCCUAAGCCAACGACCUCGACUACUACCGCCGUCACAUGGGCUGACUGGGACCCCAAGUCAACCACUACGACCACAACAACCGCCGCCUGGGCUGACUGGGAUCCCAAACCAACAACUUCGAGCACUACUUCCGUAGACUGGGCUGAUUGGAGCUCCAUCCCGGCACCUCCGUCGGGCUCUGCACCUCCUGGCUCUCCACCUGCACCAGCUGCGACCGAGACCGCCACCUGGAGUGAUUGGAGUGUCUCUCCGGAUGGAUCCUCUAUCGCCACACCCCCCACAGACCCUACCGUGUCAUGGGCUGAUUGGUCCUCAACAAGCAGCGCCACUCCAGUCGCCGCAACCACAUUAGCAUCAGGAUGGCCUACGCCGGCAGUCGCAGUUAGCACAUUCAGCACCAGCCCCAGCAGCACUGGAAGCGCUUGGACUGAAACUUCGGGAACGCCUGUCGCGGCGAUCUCGACUAGCAGCGCAAGCGGCUGGGAUGAAUCUUCGUCCACCGGUGUUGCAGCAGUCGCCACUUACACGGGUUCUGCUAUGUCACUUGUGUCGCAGCAGGCCUCAUGGCUAUAUGGGGCCAUUGCAAUGGUGGCCAUCGCCUUGAUGCUGUAG